UCUGGCAGAUAAAAAAGAGGACUGGUGAGGGCAUCUUCGGCAGAAACCGAAGUACAGUGGAGACGAACAGGAGGAAACUUGAACAGCAUCGAAGAACCAAUCGUGUUUGACUACAUCGUCGUUGUUGUGCUCCUUGACCGCCAUGGUCCUUGCUGGAAAUCAGAGAUGUCUAGUUAAUCAAACAUGAAACGAGUGUGGACGAGUUUGCAAGUCAAGUUGCGAGAGACCUGUUGUGUCCUCUGCUCGCUCUACUGUAUUUGUUACGGCCACAAUGCCAAUCAAAUAAGGAGGGUUGCAGGUGCAACAAUGGUUUCGUCGGAAACAAAGGCCAAUGAACAACGCAAGGCUAAAAUAAACGGAAAUCCAGGCUCGUUAGUUUGUGUAUACAGUGACUCUAUUGUUAGGUUGUGUAUACAGUUGAGUCUAUUGUCAACGUUGAAUUUAAAACUAUCGGUAGUUUGCCACGAUGUAUUCUCAAACACGUUACGCAAACGACCGUGGAUGAUUAAUACCUACCUUGACAAAUUAAAAGCGGCACUAUUGAACACGUCGUCGUCAGAAACGAAAGUGGACUCGACGCGAACAGAACUGAACACGAGAGGCAUCGAGGAAUCAACCAUGUCUCCAUACAUCGUCGCCAUUGUGCUCUUAACCGCGAUGGUUCUCGCUGCUGCCGAGGAGGAACACUGUUGCCCAAAGAACCAGACCUGGGCACAGUGUGGACCAGUUUGCGAAUCGACUUGCAAGGACCCCAGAGUUAAGAUGUGCAAAUUACGACCGUGCACCGAUAGUACGGCCGGAUGCACGUGUGAAAAUGGUUACGUCAGAGACGAGGACUCCUUCACGUGCCUCAAAUACGAAGAUUGCGUAACUGCAUGAAAUUAUCGAGCUCCAUCGCAUUCUCAAUUUAAUGUAGCAUUGUACUAGUCAUAGUAACCAACUCAAUCUCUAGUCACUGCGUGCAUUAAAGUGUUGGAAUCCUUGGAAUCUACAAGUGUUUAUAGGCAUGAAAGUAACGACCGUGUGUUAGCCUUCGAAUUUGUAGAAUUGUAAAUAUUGUCGCAAUUUUUAUCAUGCUUGAUUAUUCAUGGACUACUUCCACGAUAAUUUUACAUCGACUUUUCCAAACAUACGGUCAGUCCUUAAAUUAAAUGAUAAAUUAAAUGAUAAAUGUGAUAUUUUCAAAUAAAUUUAACAUAAAUAUA